CCUGGCCAGGCUGCGGUGGUGGUGGUGUUUAACUUUGCCAUGGUACUGCUCAUCUUCCCUGCCAUCCUCAGUAUGGACCUGUAUCGCAGAGAGGGCCGCUUUGACAUCUUCUGCUGCUUCUACAGCCCGUGUGCUAACAGGGUGAUCCAGAUCGAACCCCAGGCUUACCUGGACGGAGCAGACGCGUCACUACAGCCCUCCUCCUACCUCCUUCCGCACCCCCCUCCCUCCUACAGCAGCCAUGGUUUCUCCCAGCAGACUCAGAUCACCAUGCAGUCUACCGUCCAGCUGAGGACAGAGUACGACCCCAGGACUCAGGCCUUCUACACUACGGCCGAACCCAGGUCCCAGAUCUCCGUACAACCGUUUACACCCGCAGCCACCGGCCCCGCCAACAACCCCAACGCCAGUCACGGUGUUCAUGGCAACAACAACCACCAUAGCAACCAUCACAGCCGGAGUGGGAGUAGCAGUAGUCACGGCAACCUGAACAACAACAAUGGUGGGCGUGGUUCCGGCUCAGUCCCGUUCCCCUCCCCCCGUCCUCCUCUGGCGUUCCCCUGUCUCCCCCCAGGCGGGGAGGGUGUGUGUGUGUCGGGGGAGAGUGCCAGCUCCACCAGGGAUCUGCUGUCCCAGUCUGGAGAGGCUCUCUGGCUGCGCUGUCUGGCCCCCUGCUCCCGAUGGACCCUGGCGUACUUCGCAGAGAAACACUACGCCCCCUUCCUACUGCACCCACCACAAGGUCGGUCUGUGGUAGUCAUCCUGCUGUUCCUGGUCCUGCUGGGGGUCAGUCUGUACGGGACCACACGGGUACGGGACGGGCUGGAGCUGACCGACAUCGUUCCCAGGGAGACCAGCGAGUACGACUUCAUCGGGGCCCAGUUCAAGUUCUUCUCCUUCUACAACAUGUACGUGGUGACCCAGCGGGCGGAGUACUCCCAGGCCCAGCCCCUGCUCUACCAGCUGCACCGCAGCUUCAACACGAUCCGCUACGUACUGAGGGAGGACAACGGCCAGCUGCCACUCAUGUGGCUCCACUACUUCAGGGACUGGCUGCAAGGUCUGCAGGCAGCGUUUGAUCAGGACUGGGAGUCGGGUCGGAUCACACAGAGCAGCUACAGGAACGGUUCAGACGACGGGGUCCUGGCUUACAAAUUGCUGGUACAGACCGGACGCAGGGACAAGCCCAUCAACUUCAACCAGCUGACGAGGCAGCGCUUGGUGGAUGCGGAUGGCAUCAUCAACACGGCGGCGUUUUACAUCUACCUGACGGCGUGGGUCAGCAACGACCCGGUGGCGUACGCAGCCUCGCAGGCCAACAUACGGCCACACCCCCCGGAGUGGCUCCACGACCGCACAGACUCCAUGCCCGAGACACGCCUCAGCAUUCCUGCCGCCGAGCCCAUCGAAUACGCACAGUUUCCCUUCUACCUCAACGGGCUCCGCGAGACCCCCCAGUUUGUGGAGGCCAUCGAGUCGGUGCGGGCCAUCUGCAGUAACUACAGCCGCCAGGGCCUGCCCAGCUACCCCAACGGCUACCCCUUCCUCUUCUGGGAGCAGUACGUAGGCCUCAGACACUGGCUGCUGCUCUCCAUCAGCGUGGUGUUAGCCUGCACCUUCCUCGUCUGUGCCCUCUUCCUGCUCAACCCCUGGACCGCCGGCAUCAUCCGUUACACUGUGUUGGUUUGUUGCAGGUAUUUCUUUGCUGUGCUGGCCAUCCUGACAGUUUUGGGGGUGCUGAAUGGUUUGGUCCUUCUUCCUGUGUUGCUGUCCUACUUCGGCCCCUAUCCAGAGGUGACCCCUGUGGAUGGGCGUAGCCGGUUACCCACCCCUUCCCCGGAGCCUCCUCCUCACGUGGUCCACUUCUCAGUCCGCCCACGCCACACCACCUCUGGCACGGGGACAGGAACGGGCUCUGACUCGUCCGACUCUGAGUACAGCUCCAACACCACGGUAUCAGGCAUUAGCCAGGAGCUGCAGCAGUACGACCUCCCCGCCACUAGGGGCAGAGCUGGGAGAACAGAGGACAUGCAGUACGGCAUCCAGACCAGCAGGGGCAGAGCUGUUAGAACAGAGGAGGUGCGACUAGGAGCAGGGCCAAGAAGGACAGCUAGACAAGGAGACGCCACGGCCUACUCUGUGUCUUCUUCGGUCCUGCCGGAGUCAGGGGCCCACCCUGGUGCAUCCCGUCGCUUCAGCAAAAGGGACCUACAGUCGCUGCCCCCAUCACGCCCGCGCAUGGACGCUUUUGAAACUGCUACUGAGGCUGGAGGCCAUUACAGCUCCGGAGGCCAUUUUGGCUCGGGCGGCCACAGAGAACGCUCCGCGGGGCACAGGACCCGUCCAUCCCACAACCCCCGGCCCAAUCACCACCAACCUCACCACCCUAACCCUAACCCCGCCCCUACUUACUGUCAGCCAAUCACCACGGUAACGGCCUCUGCGUCGGUUACCGUCGCCGUCCACUCUGCCCCUCCCCCCACUCAGAGCCCCACUUCCUCUUACCCAGGACACACUGCAGCAAACAGUUACCACACAGCAGGCGGCGCAGAGCCGGUGCCUGCCUUCCAGGACCCCCAUGUGCCACURGAGGUCCAUAUCAGCUGCAGAGGAACCAAGGUGGAGGCCAUGGAGCUCCAGGAUGUGGAGUGUGAGGCAGCUGAGAGCGACUGUGGCAAGAGGGCAAGCUGAGUGGAGGAGAGCAGAAGUACAACGGCCAAAGAUGGACUCCCUCUCUCACUCAGCGGCCCACAGCGCAGCGGCACACAUAACCCAGUGGUGGCUAGCGCCAUGGUGCUCAAUCGUACUGGAACCCAGUGGAUGUUUGUUUCAGAUAUCUCUAUCCAUAUUUAAAAGAUGUACACUCAUGUAAAUAUGAAAACAAAAAUAGCUAUAAUGUAGGAGCUGUACAACUCCUUUUUUAACAGACUGGGGACGUCA